UUGGCCAGAGCGACGCAGCCUCGUUCUGAGUUUUGUAGUCAUCAACUAACAUGGCGUCUACUCAGCAAAUGGCUCCGCCGAGAUCGAUCCAACAGGAUUGGAAUAACCGGGAAUAUAUCGAAGUUAUUACCUGCAGCAUUAAGAAGAUCACCGACUUUCUCAAUACAUUUGAUUUGUCUUGUCGAUCACGACUGGCCACUCUCAAUGAGAAGUUGACUCAACUAGAAAGAAAAGUUGAGUACAUUGAAGCUAGGAUAACGAAAGUUGAAACGUUAUCCUAGCAUUAACUUAUUUUGUUAUUUGUGUGUGUACAUUGUUCUGGAUGAUUCUCAACAGUUGCUCUACUGUGAAGAAACCUGAAGAAAACCUCUGCUGGAAAUGGUUGUUUUGGCAAGAGUCGUUGAUGGAAGGAACAGUCCCAACAUGCAAAACUCUCCCCCACCCCACCCGUUGUUUUCAUGCUUUUGAAUCGGCUUAGUGUUGAGACUUCACUCUGUUUUGAGUACUAUGGUGACCUGUUACCAUUGUAUAGGUACUCUUCGUUUUCAUAGGAUAAUUAUUAAUAUUCAGGAGAAAUAAACUGUUUUAAAAAAAGUUA